GCACCGCUGUCCCUCGCGCCGCGCCCACCCGCCGGGGCCCUGGGACCAUGGAGGACGUGAAGCUGGAGUUCCCCUCGCUCCCACAGUGCAAAGACGACGCCGAGGAGUGGACUUAUCCUAUGAGACGAGAGAUGCAGGAAGUUUUGCCUGGAUUGUUCUUAGGCCCAUACUCUUCUGCUAUGAAAAGCAAGCUCCCUAUAUUACAGAGACAUGGGAUAACUCAUAUAAUUUGCAUACGGCAAAAUAUUGAAGCAAACUUUAUUAAACCAAACUUUCAACAAUUAUUUAGAUAUUUAGUUUUGGAUAUUGCAGAUAAUCCAGUUGAAAACAUAAUACGUUUUUUUCCUAUGACUAAAGAGUUUAUUGACGGAAGCUUACAAAAUGGAGGAAAAGUUCUUGUCCAUGGGAAUGCAGGAAUCUCCAGAAGUGCUGCCUUCGUUAUUGCAUACAUCAUGGAGACAUUCGGGAUGAAGUACAGAGAUGCAUUUGCUUAUGUCCAAGAAAGGAGAUUUUGUAUUAAUCCUAAUGCUGGAUUUGUCCACCAACUUCAGGAGUAUGAAGCCAUCUACCUAGCAAAAUUAACAAUACAGAUGAUGUCACCACUCCAGAUAGAAAGGUCCUUAUCUGUUCAUUCUGGUACCACAGGUAGUCUGAAGAGAACACAUGAAGAGGAGGAGGAUUUUGGAAACAUGCAAGUGGCAGCUGCACAGAACGGCUGACUCUGAGCACUGUCACACAGAUGUGAAUUUCUGUUUAGAAAGGAGGAGAUCCUAGUGAUAAUAUUGUAAAGUGGUAAAAACACAAAUAGUUUCUUUUCAAUUAUAUGUUGCUUCCAGACAUGUUUCUCUGCAACUUGUUGAGCAACACUUUUAAGAUAUUGGACUUCUACAGUAGAUGGCGCUGAUGGGUGAUGGGUUUGCUUUAAAAUAACAAAACAAAACAAAAAAACACUUUAUGGUUUUUUUAUAAACCAAGAAUUUUGGACUUGCAAAAAGGUAUUAUUGCAAUAAUGCACUUUUCAUACUUGAAGUUUAUUUGUAUGAUAUAAAGUUAUUACUUUAAACAAAAUGCAAGUUAGGGGGAUUUGUUUAUAAUUUUUGGAUAAUUUAUAACAAACAAAUUUCCUAAUGUUUCCUAAAAGCUCAUUUUGUGUUAUAUAUAUUACAUUUAAAGUAAUUUCAAUUUUCUGAUGAAGCCUCUUACAGAAACAGUAACAAAAUGUAGAACUUUUUCACAUUUUUUAAUAUAAUUCAGCAACUUAAUUACCAUUUUUUUAAACUUCUUGGUCCCUUAUUUUUAAAUCAUGAUUUUAGCCAACCAUCCUACUUUACUAAUUUAAUCUAAUUAAUACUCCUUUCCCAUUGCCUUCCUUAUUGUAAACAAGAAAAAAAUUGUAAUGAUGAAAGAGGUCUUACUUAUUUUCAAAAAUAAGGAUAGUGUUAUAUUUCCACCUGCUGUUUUUCUUUUUGCUGUUUGUUUAAGUCAAAUGUUGACUUGGUCUUUUUAGAGUUGCCUAGCCCUUUUCACCUUUGUCCAAGAUGGUUCAAAGUAGACUUUUAAGAAACCAAACCAAUGUAGCACUGUUUCUUCAAUAUGAAACCCCCAAAAGAAAAGUGCCUUGCAUCAACCAAUUAAAUCCUCAUGACCUCUAAAUUAGAUAGCAGUAUAAAGCUAUUAACAUUUUUUGUAAAUUUUUUUGUUUUUAAACCAUAAAUUAAACUAAAUCUGUGAAGCUUGAAGAAAGUAAAUUAUUUGGAAUAAUAUGAGACAUUUACUUCAUUUCAUGUUGUCUUGCUUCUGUGAGGUUCUUAAGCUGACUGCUUUGAAAAAUCAUUGGAUAAAGCAGUUUGUGGGUGGCUUCAGGGUUUUGUAAAUUACUGUUUUAAUUUGUUCUUAAAUUAGUUCAAAUUUACCCCAUAAUUUGCAAAGUCACUUUAUGGCUCUUUAGUUUUCCAUGUUUUUAUCUAUUUGUAUAAAAGUUGUUCUACAAAAAACAUUUUGCUAUUUUAAGUGUGAUGUUCAGAAGAGAGAAGUGUUUUAACCUUCUGUGUUUGAUGACUUUAGGGUAGCACAAACACAGAUCCUUUGUAGCUCACAGUCCUCUCUCGAGGUGCUUUACUGUUGGGAAUGAUGUCUACAUUUCCAGGGUACCAUGCACUAUGUGAGAUAGCGUGUUAGUUUCUUUGCUGUCCAUCUUACGGUGUUAGAGUACAGAGAAGGCUCUGUUCUGCACAGUGGGAGCCGAAUGUAAACCAGAAGUACUAUUAACUAGACUUAAUUUCUCUUUGGAUUUCGCAUUCCACCCUAAAACCAGCAUUGUGAUCCACUGUUCUCUUGUGUCACUGCUAUGGUGGACUAGUGGAGUCAAGAUUAUAUUGGGUGUUCAAAAUUCCUGUGUACACAUCAUCACUGGAAAGGUCAACAGAGUUCUCUCACAGUCAACUCAAUCUAUGAUUCAUUGAACAGAAAUUGUGCUUAAAGUAAUCUCCAUAAAAAUGAUUUUUCAAGAUGAGACAUUUGAAAUAAUUUUUUAAGUUUCAUAAAAAUACAUAUUAUAUCUCUUUAAGAGUUUGACCAGAAUUAUAGGUUAUUGAUAGUCAUUUAUAGCUGAUAAUUUGUCAUUUUUCUAACCUGUCAUUUUUUAUGUUCUCACAUAAAGUGCCUAUCCAGCACGAUAUACUGGAGACAGUCUCAGACAUGAGAGACUGCUAUCACGUUGAGCACAGUUGAUGUGAACAAAUGAGGUUUGUUCUUUCAUAAGAAGCCUACAGUUACUGUAUUUACUAAGUAGCUGUCUUAGGUUCCAUUUCCAGUGAUGUUUUGUAACAGUCAGCUAUGAUAAACUUAACCAAUCAUGUCUUAUUCUCUAGACAAACUUAAUGAUUCACCCAGUUUCAACAUUAAUAUGUAAUCAGGGUUCAGAAUUAAGAUUUUUACCAAAACAUAGGGAACUUCAUUACUCCCCUUUUUGAAAGUUUUGAGACAGAUACUGAACUUUGGAGUGGGGUGUCUUCUUUUAUCUUAACUGGUUCAUGUUAAUUUCUUGUCUAUUAGAUGUUGACUUGUACCAACUCUGUAGUAGGAAUGUUCAAGUGUGAUAGCUUUGCUACCAACUUUGAACCACUUGUAGAGCAGAAUAUUCAUUUGCAAGGGUAUGGGGUUGUGCUUAAUCUCAGUCUAGAAGUAAUGUCAGAAAUGCUAAGCAUGCCCUUUGUAAGAAACCUUAAGGUUCCUAAUUGUUUAAUUACUAUGAUAAUUCAAAUUAAUUAGAAGUAUUUAAGUGCAAUCUUGAAUUAUGAAGUUGAGAUGUAUAUAUUAGGAUCUCAACUUGAUGUAAAGUAAAUGAGCAGUUACCUGACGAAUUUUUUUUAAAUAACAGGUUUAAUCCAUAAUCCUAAAGCAUAGCUUCACUUCAGUAUUUGUUAUUUUUGUCCAUUCAACAACACUCCAAUAAGGAAAUGAUAGGAAAUAGCUGAGACUUACUCAAGGAUUUUAUUUAUUUUUUUUUUAAUUAGUAAGAUAAGUUUCUAGAGUCUUGAGUGCUGGAUAUUCUUUGUCUUUCCCAUUCAUGGCAGCUAAAAUAAAAAAAAAUCACUCAAAAUGUUCAGGUUUACAUGUUAAGCUCUCACAGGGAGCAGCCAUACCUCACAGUUCAAAGUGUUUUCUCAGUCACAUGAUACUGACAUGUAAUUGCAAUUUACUAUGCAGCAAAAAAUGAUUCAAGAAGAAUAACAUACAGUGUCUAGUUACCUCUGUAUAGGCAUUGCUUACGUUACUCUGCUUUUAACAUUUGUACUCAGAUAAAAUGCUUCUGUAUGUAUAGGAAUGUCACAGAUGCAAGAUGCUGCUAGCCUGGGCACAAAGUAUUAAAAUUAUUUUGUGAAGACUGGUGGUUGUAUUAAAACUGCUGUGCUACUGUACCUCAACAAGUGAUUGAGAAGCUCCCUCAUACUGCUUAGGCCUCAAAACGUCUUAGCCUUCUGGGUAAAAGUAGCCCAGCUUUACUCCCACAAAUUAAGAAGGGUGAGUGAACAUUUAAUAUUGAAACUGUUUUCAGUUGGUGACACAAUGCAACUGUUUCUGUAAAGGGGGGUUUAAGAGAAAACCUCAAAACUCCAUGGUAUUAUUAAAACACUAACAUAACAUCUUAACAUUAGACCUCAGAGUCUAAUGGUAAGAUAUAGAAUACGGUAUUCAGUUUUCCAUUGAGGACAGGCUUAUUUAACAUGGGUAAAACUUCAUGAAAACUAUUUUCACUAGUGAUAGGUCACUAGUGGUAGGUCACUGAACCAACUGUCAGAGGUAAAAUCUGUCCCUCUACACUUAAAAGUAUUUCUAUUCUGGAAAGUCAACUAAUGAUUAGAGGGAAAUCCAGAUCCAAUGGAAGUAACCCAAAAAUACAUAAAACUACACUGUUAUGAGCCAUUUCUUAACCUCAAAGACUCCAGCCUAUUGCAGUGAUGCAUGCCUGUAAUACAAGCUCUCGGAACAUGCAUGGAAGUUCAAGGUUCUUUCUUGUACUACAUAGUGAGUUCCUGCUAGUCUGGGUUACAGGUCGCCCUGUCUCAACAAACAAGAAAAACACAAGAUUCUAAUGAGAUACUAUUCAUAUAAACAAGUUUAAUGUAAAUAACAUGGAAUGCAAAAAAGAUUAGAACAAUUGUUAAUAAAGUGUCUAAUUCUACCUUUAAAAAUCAUUAAAAUAAAUAAAACAUGACAAUGAUCAGAAUAAUAAUACCAUUAUAAUCAUAUAAAUAGAAAAGCUACUGUUUUUUAAGGAUGGAACAAAGAUAGUACCACACUUUUUUUUUUUUUUCCAACUCAAAAGCUUCAGAUGCCCAUGAUAUGGAAACCAGGGUGAAAGUGCCUCCACUGAGAGCUGCUCCCCCACUGAUGAAAGAACCCUGGGUCUCUAGACCUGCCCUUGGAUGAUUCUAACAUCACUUGACAGACGAGACAGGUGGUGCAUUAUCUGCACAGAACUACACCAACACUUAGUAAAAUAGUUAUUUAAACUGUUGUACCUUGUCCAAGUUGUGUGGAAUAUUAGGAUCAACAAUGUUUAGAUGUGCAAAUAAGUACCUAGUUAUAACAAUAGAUGUGUCCAACUCCCUAUAAUGUGAGAAAUGUGAUGUACCCUUAAGUCUAUUUAGGUAUA